CGUCACUAGCCAGCGCCAGCAGGAAGGGCGCUGUGCGUCGCACGUGUGCGGAGGCCGCGGGCGGGCCCAUGGCGAGCUCCGCGGGGCUGGCGCUGUGCGGGCAAACGCUGGUGGUGCGGGGCGGCAGCCGGUUCCUGGCCAUCUCCACUGCGAGCAGUGACGAUGACUGUGUCUUCACGUACGACUGCAGUGCUGCGGAGAAGUCCACCCCAGAAGAGAAAGGGGAGAAUGGACAGCCCGUAGACAAGGGGAGCGACACGAUUCUGGCAUCCACCUUCUCCAAGUCUGGCAGCUAUUUUGCUUUAACUGAUGACAGUAAGCGUCUGAUUCUUUUCCGUACAAAACCAUGGCAAUGUCUGAGUGUCAGGACUGUGGUACGGAGGUGCACUGCCCUGACUUUCACAGCCUCGGAGGAUCGGGUCUUGGUAGCUGACAAGUCUGGAGAUGUCUAUUCCUUCUCGGUGUUAGAGCCUGAUGGACGUGGCAGGCUGGAGCUUGGACACCUCUCCAUGCUGCUAGAUGUGGCCAUGAGUCCUGAUGACCAGUUUGUGCUCACUGCGGACCGGGACGAGAAGAUCCGGGUCAGCUGGGCUGCUGCUCCGCACAGUAUCGAGGCUUUCUGCCUGGGACACACAGAGUUUGUGAGCCGCAUCUUUGUUGUGCCCAGUCACCCUGAGCUGCUGCUUUCCUCGUCUGGGGAUGGCACCCUGAGACUCUGGGAGUAUAGGAGUGGCUGCCAGCUGCAGUGCUGUGACCUGGCCAGCCUACAGGAGCCUGCAGAACAUCAAGGACACAAGGGAUUGGCUGCAUCUAGGAUUGCAUUCUGGGGACAAGAGAGCUAUGUGGUGCUUCUGUGUGAGUGCGUUCCUGUGGUCUUCAUCUUCCAGCUUGAUGCCAGCAGACAGCAGUUGGUGUUCAGACAGCAGCUGACUUUCCCUCAUCGAGUGUGGGAUGUCGUCUUUGAGGACACUCGGGGGCUGUGGGUUCUGCAGGACUGUCGGGAUGCUCCCCUCAUGCUCUGGAGGCCUGUGGGUGACCAGUGGCAGGUGAGAGCUGUUCCUGAAGAUGCUGUGUCCCAGAGACUCGGCAGCCAUCUCCAUGAAAAUUGGGCCAUGCUGGAAGGCGCUGUUGGUGCAGAUGAGGGUUUCCGCAGCCUCUACAAGGCCACCUUUGACAACAUGACCUCUUACCUGAAGAAGAAGGAAGAGAGACUGCAGCAGCAGUUGAAGAAGAAACGACAAAGAAGCCCCCUCCCGGGGUCCCCAGAACAGACCAAAAAGGCGUGCCCAGGGCAGUCAGACCUUAGUUGCUGACCUUGGACUUGGCAGAGCUCUCAGCCCUGAGGUCUCAUGGGUCGGUCUCUCUUCUCCCUCCUGCCUGGUUCAUCCAUAAGGAGGGAGAUCAUGGCAGCUCAUUCCCCACCUGACUCCACAGCUGUCUUUGUCACUGAGCACAGCCUCCUGGCUGCAAGGGGCACACAUGGUGUUAGCCUAGUUAAUGGUUCUUCAGAGCUGCAUGGAAGCACCUUCACAUUGAAGGAUACACUGACCUGCAGCACCACGUCCGUCAGUCAGUGCCCACGGUGCUGUCUCUGCAGAUCUUCUCUAGGGAGGCCUGCGGGCAGGACGGGCAGGACCUGCCUCCACGCCAUUGCUGUGGGCUCUCCAGGUGGAGUAUGGCAUGGCUCACACGUAGCUGCUGCUAUUGUGGGGCAGAUUGCUCUAUACUCAUAGCCACAUGUGGUGAGGGGCUCAGUCCGGGCCAAGCAGAGCAGCGAGGGAAGCAGGCAUGGCAUUGGUGCUAGAGCAGACCUACCUUCAGGGCAGAUGAGGAUGUGAUCUGGGCCAGGCCUUAUUUUACAGGAAUGACCAGUGAUGUCGUGGUCUAUUGCUUUGAUUUGAACUCUGCACACACUGCAGAGCAGCAGGGGAUCAAUUGAACACAGCAUCAAUAAAGACAAACUCUGCAUAGCUUUCUGGAAUGUUCAGCAGUGGCCUCCAAAACUGGUCUUAAGACAUUCAACAUGUAUAUGAUGAGAUGACUUAGCUUAUAGUGGUUAGAGAGAGGUAUGGCCCAGCUCUGCCUACUUAGCAUGUAAUGUCCCAGACCAGCCCCAGUAGAAACAAUCCUGGCCUGGGGAGAUUCUUGGUGAGUAAGAGCAGCUGUGAAAACAGAAGACCUGAGUUUAAUUACCUACCCAUACAGAAACCCUAAUAUUGGAGCUGCAGGCCAGGGCAGAUCACCUAGCCUAAAUGGUGAGCUUUCAGAUGUUCAAGAUGGACAGCAGAAGAGGAAGACACCCAGUGCAUUCAUGGCAUGCAGUAAAGUCUUGUGGCUGCCAGCAGCUCUGCUGCCUUGCUUGUAUGCAGGCGCUUUAUUUCCCUCAAGGUGAGACUGGGCCAGGUGCACAUGGAUCAGGGCAUGCCCUCCUGUAUGGGAGCUAGCUAGCAUCAUAAGCAUUGAGGUGCUUGGUCCCAGAGUGAAUCAGGAGGCAGAGACAGGUGGGUCUCUGUAAAUUCGAGGCCAACCUGGUAUACAGAGUGAGUUCCAGGACAGUCAAAGCUACACAGAGACACCCUGUCUUGAAAAAGAAAUGGAUCUGCAACCUGGUCUGGGCUGUGACCUAAGGAUUUCUAGGUUUUAAAUAGUUGGAAAGAAAUCAAAGGAAAAACGUUACAUGGCUAUUUAAGUUAAAGUCUGAGGUCAAAGGAAUACAGCUUUGCUGAGACAGCUGUGUUCUCUCAGUGCUUCUGUCAUUUACUGCCUGUGGGCCAGAUAGAGCCUGUGCCUGCGCAGCAGUUCUCUGGGGGCCAUCAAGGCCUGUGGCCUGAUACCAGGGACGUUCAGAGGGCCAUGUGUCCCUAGACCCAGCAUGUACAUUGCUGAGAGGCAUCUUGGAUCCCUGGUGUGCCUUGUAAGCUCUGAAAGAGCCACACAGUGAUGGGGAGUCCUUGUGUCAAAGCCGGGCGAUGGUGGCGCACGCCUUUAAUCCCAGCACUCGGGAGGCAGAGGCAGGCGGAUCUCUGUGAGUUCGAGACCAGCCUGGUCUACAGAGCUAGUGCCAGGACAGGCUCCAAAGCCACAGAGAAACCCUGUCUCGAAAAACCAAAAAAAAAAAAAAAAAAGAGUAGAUGAGCUUGGGGAACCUGGUGACUGUUUACAGUACAUGUGGAAUGUAUGGGCUAGAAUUUAACCACUUGGAUUCACGUAUGUGAAGGCACCCUCAGGAAUAGGGUGUUUGCUGAAGCCUCUGAGAUAUACACACUGUUAAUGGCUUGUGUGUAUGAAAUUAUUAGUCUAUCUACAGGCAUUGAAUUGUAGUGAUAUCUACACUGUUUUAAGAAGCUUCCUGAAGGUCAGAGUGCAGUGCUAAGCCACUAGAGGCCAGGGAGUGGUGGCAUACACCUUUAAUCCCAGGACUGGGGGGGGGGGGUUCUCUGUUAGUUCAAGGCCACCCUGAGCUAAACAAAAUUGAUUUUAUCUAAAAGAAUAGCUCACACAAAGGUGAUCCCAGCAUUUGGGAUCUUAUGUCUUUAGUCCCAGCACUAGGGAAGUAGAGACAGGAGUGAUAUGGCUGGGCAGAGAGAGGAAUAUAAGGCAGAAAGAGACAGGAUCUCAGUGCAGCUUGAAGUUUGGUGGAGACAGAGUCUGGAGAUGCAGUCUGAGGGCAGGAUGGCCCCCAUUGGGCUGAGCAUUUAGUGGCUGGCCUCUGUGUUUCUCUUUUGCAUUAACCCCUAUAUCUGACUCUGAGUUUUAUUAAGAUCAACUAGAAUUCGUGCUACAUUAGAUGGUUUAGAUAUGUUAGCUGGUAAGCAAAUGCUGUGAGUUUCAUCCUCAUUUCUUUAAGUCCACAGUCCUCUCUGAUCAGACGCUCAACUGUCUCGACUUUGGACAUCCCAUUGAAUGGCUUCCGCAGCUCCUGUCUUCUUAGAUUACUAGUUCUAGAUUACUCAGGCUUCACUGCCUUGCUUCUGGCCUGUAGGUGUCCUCUCUGCUGUGUCUCCCUCCCCCUUGGCUCCUCCUGGGCACAUCUUACCUUGGAGACAACCCUCAACAUUUGCCCUUUCUUGCAAGCACAGUGCCAAGCUCUGCCACUAGGAGGAGCUAGAGGCACACCAGGGAUGCGGAUGGCUCUGAUUUCUAGGUGCUGCCUUUUCUGGGUUUCUGUGCUAUGCGCUUGCCUGCUUUAGGGACAUUCAAUGAUACUCUUGGAGUUGAACAGCACCCAGUGGGAGUCUUCCCGGUGACUUCCAGCUUUCAUCAGGGGGGUUCCAGUGUGGAUCUUGGUAGCCAGUCCUUUCACAGCCCAUUACCCUGCGUGGCAGGGCUACUUCCAGCAAACAGGUUCCGCUGCAUCUCAGAUGUAGUGGAUGCAUCCAGGCCCACCACUUCUUUGUGCCUGUCACCUGUCCUGGGAUGGUGGCUACCACUGAGAAUACACACAUUAUCUUUCUACUGGGCGCUGGGGACUCCUCCCUGCUGCUUCUGAGACUUUCUCCUUCUAAAGAUUUUCUGUGAUUGUGUGUGUGUGUGUGUGUGUGUGUGUGUGUGUGUGUGUUCUGUUUAGGGCUUGAUUCUUGCUGAACUGUUUGUGCAGCAUGGGACAUCCCCAGCUCCUACCUGCUUCUACAGUCUGACUCCAGUGUGACUGGCUUGAUCUGCUGGCCCUCAGGUUGCCGCUCUCUGCUCCUCUUCAGGCUUCUGUUCUGCCCUGCUUCUGUCUGGGCAGAUUUCAAAUGACUCAUCUUCCCUGUGGCAUCUAAGGAUUUUCUUUAUUUCAAUUUUGGCCUAAGCCUAACGUUUCUCUGAGAAUAGUCAUCUUAUGGUUUAAAUUCAUCCUUGGGCACUGGGGUGUGCAUGGGCUUUACCUGCUCUGUUGUCUGUGGCAUUUCUAUGUUUCUGUGCUUGUGUGUGUACAUACAUGUGUGUAUGUUAGAGGUAUGUUGUGCACAUGUCAGAGGUCAGAGAACUGUGGGAACUGGUUCUCCUACUAUGUGAAUCUUAGGGUUCAAACUCAGGUCACCAAGCUUUCCCCACUGAGCCCUCUAUUGGCCCUGACCAGUUCAUCCUGUGCUUAGGGGACACCUUUUCCUGGGACAAGAAUGCUGCAGGUUGGGACCAACCCUGACUGUGCCCUUGCUUACCCCCCCCCCCCUUUUUUUUUUGGGUUUUUUGAGACAGCGUUUCUCUGUAGCUUUGGGGCUUGUCCUGGAACUAGCUCUUGUAGACCAGGCUCGAACUCACAGAGAUCCACCUGCCUCUGCCUCCCAAGUGCUGGGAUUAAAGGUGUGCACCACCACUGCCCGGCUUUAGCUGACCUUCUCAAUCAUGGGAUAGGACCAAAGUAGGAAUGACUCUACUUCUGCUCGGGUGUGGCUGCACUGGGUCCCUGUUCAAUGUCCUUUGUGCCCAGAGUAUGAGCACAAAAUUCUAGGAAAACCCAAGUGUCCCCCAGGCUGUUGCAAGGUGUGGGGUUGCUAUCUUAGGUGCCUGGAAAUUGUUCCUUCUCAAAAGUUGCUCAGGGUUUGGUAUUCAGCAAUAGACCUGAGAGGAUCCCAGCCUCUUUUCUUACCUCCAUGUCCCUCUUCGUGCUGCAGGAAGUUUCUCCCUCCUGGGGCGUUGCAGUCAGAAUUGCUCCCAGGCGUACAGCCUAAAGGAUGUGUCCCUGAGGGCCUGGACAAGGCUUGCACUGUUGGUUCUCCUGCAGGAAGGCAAAAGGGUGAUUCUAGGUCACCUUGUCCAUCCUGGCCAGCCAGGAGAUCACCUGUGUUCCUGAAUUUGAACUUUUCACUCUGACUUCCUGGGGAACCUCUUUUGCCCUGUUGUUCAUGGGGUUGAUCCCCCCCAGCUCAUCUGAAGGUGACCUUCUAAUGAGUUGCUGCCCUUCAAACAAUUAUAAAUGUUUUUGUUUUGAAAACUGCUUGCACUUUACCCUCCAAACCUCCCAGAACUGCUUUUAAUGCAGAUAUUUGCGGUCACAUCUGUGUUUGCUUGUGGUUCCUCACAAUGGCUUUACCACUCAGGGAACCGUGCUGGGAACACCUACAGAAGGAUGGGGGGCGGGAGAUUGGUAUCCUGAGAAAGCCACUGGGCACAUGCUUUUUUUCUGUGCAGUGAAAGCCGAGUGGCUUUCAGCGACUCACUGGAAGCUUUGUCAGUUUUUGAAGCAGGAAAUUACAAGCCCCACAUUGCUAUUACAAUUUUUCUGGUCCCAGUUCCACAGUGAAGAAGUAAAAGCAAAACAGUAGCCUUCAAGGUUCCUCAGGCCCAGUGCUUGGUAGGGAAAGGGAGGUGCUGGAGGCAGGGAAGCUGGGGAGCCAGAGCAAAGCUCCAUGGGACACUGGGAUGUGCUCCCAGAGAGUCCCCGUGGGUCAGCGUGGGCAAGGACAAUGGAGAAGGUAAGAAUCUGUCUGCCUCUGGGAUUAGCCAUUCACUGGCAGCUACAGACCAUGGUCAUAUUCAUUUGCUUUCUAUUGCUAUGAUAAAAUACUGUGACCAAAACCAGCCUGGCUGGGGGCUAUUUAAUCUUACAGUUUGUGGUCCAUCAGGAAGAAAGCCAGUGCAGGCGCUCCUGGCAGGAACUGAAGCAGAGCUGCUUACUGACUUGCUCCCUGUGACUUGCUCUGCCUACUUUCUUUUUUUUUUUGUUUGUUUGUUUUUUGAGACAGGGUUUCUCUGUAGCUUUGGAGCCUGUCCUGGAGCUAGCUCUUGUAGACCAGGCUAGCUUCGAACUCACAGAGAUCUGCCUUCCUCUGCCUCCCGAGUGCUGGAAUUAAAGGCAUAUGCCACCACCGCCCGGCCUUAGCCUGCUUUCUUUUAGAAUCUCAGACCACCUGCCUAGAGGUGCUACCAUCCACAGUGAUUAUUAAUUAUUAAUCAAAAAAUGGCCUACAGACCUACCUACAGGCCAAUCCAAUGGGAGCAUUUUCUCAGUUGAGGUUCCCUCAUCUCAGAUGACUCUGGGUUUGUGUCAAUGUGAGAAAAAUCUCACCAGUAUAAUGGUCAGGGUUCCUACCUGUGAUACUUGUGCUUGCUUUGAACAGGAACAAAGUUAAGAAUUUUAAAUGCUGCCAAAAUCUGAAAUCACAUCUUUGCAUGCCAUUGGGUUUGGGCACCUUCCAGAAGCCUGAGGCUGCAUUUGCUGUUGACCAAAAGCCAGCACCACAACGAUAUGCAGAGAGCAGAGCGUUUCCUGUGGUCAGGAGCAUGGCGUGGUUACUGUUUACUUUUCCACUCUGCAGGGGUGUAAGCCAGGGCAGCUAGACAAGGGAGCUGAUUCAUGGCACAACUGCCAAGGGAGGAAAGCUAUUGGCAGGUGGCAUGAUAAGGUGUCUGGACAGCCUAGAGGUCCAUGCUAAAACCAACUCUCAAGUCACUGGAUAGAAGAUUGAGAGAAAAAGGCAACAGCCCUGAUAUAUGAGUAAGAAAUAGAAGAUUAGGGACUAGAGAGUUGGCUCAGUAGUUAAGAGUUCAUACUUGCCUAGUGGUGGUGGUGCACACCUUUAAUUCCAGCACUUGGGAGGCAGGGGCAGGCUGAUCUCUGUGAGAUGGAGGCCAGCCUGGUCUACAAGAGCUAGUUCUAGGACAGGCUCCAAAGCUACAGAGAAACUCUGUCUCAAAAAAUCUUCAUACUUUUGUUAAGGAUCUGAGUUCAGUUCCCAGCACCCACAUUAUGGCUUACAACCAUCUAACUCCAGUUUCAGGGGACCCAACACCUUCCUCAGACCUCAACAGAUACCAGGCAUACACAUGCUACACAUACUUGUAUGCAAAGCAGAAACACACAUACACAUAAAAAAUAGAUGAAUAGUUUCCAGCAUUAUCUGUUCCUGUCUUUGAUCCUUGCAGACUUGGAGAUGGGAGUAGGGCACAUGGGGAGUGUAGAAGGUGGGAAUGUUCAUACAGUAUUGAAUAGUGACUAUUCUCACUUCUCUCCGCGUCCACACACUUCAUCCUGUGUGUGUCAUCCCAUGUGCUAGCUGAGGGCCAAUCCACCUCGGCUCUUUUCCCAUCUGGGCAUGUCUUCUGGCUAGGGUUAUCCCCCUUGAGUGAUGUGAGAUUCCCCUCUGUAUGCUGUAAAUACCAUUGGUUAAUAAACUGUCUUGGGUAGACAGUUUAUUAACCAAUGGUAGAGCAGAGCUGGGGGCAGGGGACAACACAGGACAAUACACUAAAUUGAAUGCUGGAAGAAAGAAGGCAGAGUCAGAAGCCAUGUAGCCCCACUGGAAAUAGAUGUCAGAACUUUACCCAGUAAGCCACAGCUUCUUGGUGAUACACAGACUAAUGGAGAUGGGUUAAAUUAAGAUGUAAGACCUAGCCAAUAUGAAGCUAGAGCUAACAGGCUAAGCAAUGAAUUAAUACAGUUUCUAUGUGGUCAUUUUGGGUCUGAGCUGCAAGGCGUCCAGGAAACAAACAAGCAGCAUCCUACAACACUUGAGUUUCCCUUUCCUGUUAAACACAGGAACCUGCCUGUGUUCCAGUCCCCUAAGGUCAAGUUGCAGGCUGUGUAGGUGGCACUAUCUGAUAGACUCAUGCAGUGAGCCACAAAUGCCAGGCACCAUGUGACUGGAUGUCCUCAGAACCUAUUAAACAGCAAAAGCUCAGGAGAAAUCAAUAAGCUUUUUGACUAAAGCAGCAUGGCCAAAGGGCUAUCAUUUCAUUAUGUAAUUGAUAUAAAAUUAAUGAGAAAUUUUGCAUUAUCACAUCACACUGAGCAUUAAGCCUGGUGGCUUUUCUGCUCUUUCUGGGGCCUUGUGUGACAAAACAGCUUUGGCUGCCGUCACAGAGGAAUUGGCCUACAGACACAUAGCUAAUGAUGUCACACAGCUGUGGCUGCAUGGUUGCAUAGAAUACAGGACCUAGUACUGCCACCAAAGUACACAAGAGAAGAUGAGGAUCUGUGGCUGUCAGUGGCCCUGAGGAAAGGGAGGGGCUGGAGAGCUGGGGGCUUGAGGGCUCUGGAAGCCAGCCAAGCUCACUGACUUUGCCUAUGAAUAAUGAUCACCCCUAACCACUUUCUCCCCUAAGUUACUCUAGGACCGGGUUCUAGCAAAAAAACAGUUGAAACCGGAACAAGCACUCAUUCUAACUCAGGCAAAAUGAGUGGAAGGUGCUGGAGGCUGGGGAAUCCACAUUUGCUGUGUGGAAAUGGAGCUCCUGUUUGGAAGAUGUUCUGGAGAAGGUGGUGAUGGCGAUGGCUGCAUGGCAGUAUAUAGGAACUGCACCUAAAAUAGUUAAAACAAUAAAUGUGUCAUGUGUACAAA